GAUAACCUCAUAAAAGGCUAAAUUAUUCUUGUUGAAUACCAUGAUUAUUAGAUUGUCAUUUGUUCGCUUAGUAUUACUAAUAUGUUUUGUAGAUUUUCUAAUAUGUAUGCCAAAUAAUAAGAUAAAUUUUACCGGUACUACUAGAACUGUUACUACUACUGAGCCUAUAACAACUACAACUUCUAAACCAACUACAACUCAUGAUGUAAUUACAACAACAAAUGGAGAAACCACUGAAACAUCACUGACAGUAACAACUAUUGGUUCUUUGAGCAGUAACAUAACUAACUCAUCAACAAAUUUGCUGAAUUCUAUAAACAUUUCCUCACUACAUUUCAAUAAUUCAUCCUUAAAUGUAAGAGAAGAGAGUAAUUUAUCGAAUGGGACAAUAAAUACUACUGAGUUCAUGCAAAGUACAGCUUUGCCAACAACUAAAAACAAUGACAUAAAUGGAACAACUAUCGGAUAUCCCAGAACAACUUUAUCACCACCAAUAGAAAAACAUGCUAAUAACUUAACUAAUACUACUAAUCCUUCAACUAAUUCAUCUCGACGACACUCUAUAAAAGGAAGAGUUAUUUUAGCUACAACACGUGAACAAGGUAGUAGAGUAUGGGGAUUAACUGCAGCAAAAGCUGAAUUGGCUUGUCAUAGAUUUAUAACUAAUCGUAGAAUUACUUCACCAUUAACCAAUCGGACAAGUAAUGGAAAUGUUAAACCAACUGAUUUAUAUCAAGGUCAUUUAUUAUCAGUUACAUCAAAUGAUGAGAUUAUACACUUAGUAAGCCUCAUGGGUGCAGUACCAGUUGGAUCAUAUUGGACAGGGGGUAAAUUAAUGAGACCAAGACAUACUGGAGUGGAUGGUGAAAAUGCUACUAAGUGGAAAGUGAUGUUAAACUGGUCGGAUGGUCGAACUGCCCCUGCAAAAAUAUUGGGUAUAACUGAUGAUGAUGCAAAUAAUCUUGUAGAGGGUAUGACUUAUUGUCUGUCAUUAGAUAUUGCACGACUUACAUGGCAAGCUCGUGAUUGCGAACAUCGUUUGCCUUAUGCAUGCUUGAUUACUAGUCGAAAUGUUUUAAUUCAAACUACCACUAGUAAUUCAUCAAUAGUAGUUAAGACACCACAAGAAAUAAAUAGUACACAAAUUUCUGCUAAUCACAAUCAUGCUAUUUCAAAACGUCGUGAAACGGUACUCGAAAAUUCUACUACAGUUAUUAACACUUCAGUAAAUACUAAUCAUUCAGAGGACAGUCAGACGAUUUCACCUUUACUGGAGUCCACUAAAUCUACCCCAGCAAGCAUAACCAUAACACCAAAUAAUACAGAGAAUUCUACUCUUGGGAUAAAUUUUAACGUGUCAUCUGAGAUUCAGAAUACUUCACAGAUGGAUACCACAACCCCAUCUAGUUUACGUUCUAUAGUAACUGAGGAUAAUAAUUUUAAUCAAAAUGGAAAGACCGUUUCUGAGUCAACGAUCCAACUUAAUGAGCAGCGUGUACAAUUUAAAGAACACGCCUCUGAAACUAAUCAAACUUUCAGUGUUCCUUCUCUUCCUAAAGCUCAGGUAUUGGGUAGUAAUAGUGAUGAUGAUGAUGAUGAUGAUGAUGACGAUGAUGAUGAUGACGACAAUGAUGGUGAUAACAGUGGUCAAACUGAUUCAAACCCUUUCAGUUCAAGUGGAUUUCCGAUAACAGAUCUACAAUCGAUAUUGAGCGACAUUGGAAAGUUACACACAACACAACCACCAUCAGCAGAAACUACUACUACUACUACUACUACUACUACUACUACUACUACUACUACUGCCACUCCCACAACUAUUAGUACUACCAUAACUGCUACUACUCCCACCACUACUAUUACCACCCCUUCUACCACUACUAUUACUACUGCUACUACUACUUCCACUACUGCUACUCCGACCUCUACUACUACUACCACUAUUACUAUUCCUGGUAAUGAUUCUACCAAUACUACUGCUUCUACUAAUACCACUACCACUACUAUUACUACCACCCCUACUACCCUUACUAUUAAUACUACUCCCUCUGGUACUACUGCUACUACUUCCACAACUACUACUACUUCUACUACUAAUACUACUAUUCCUAGCAAUGCUCCUACAAACACUGCUGCUACUUCUACCACUAAUCCUGCUGUUACUACGACUCCUAUCAAUACUAUUACUACUACUACUACUAUCACCCCUGUUACUUCUGCUGUUACUACUUCUACUACUUCCGCUAAUACUACUGCUGCCACUUCCACUACUCCUACCACAACCACUACUACUACUACUAUUCCUGGCAAUGCUUCUGCAAACAUCACUGCUACUUCUACCACUAACCCUACCACUACUACUAAUAUUCCUGGUAAUUAUUCUACCAGUACUACUGCUUCUCCUACUAAUGCCAUCACCGCUAAUACUACUACCACCACCCCUGCUACCUCUACUAUUACUACUGCUACCACAACAACAACUAAUAAUGAUAAUAUUACUAUUACUGCUAAUAUUACUACAAGCACAACAACUAAUCCUACUGCUACCAUUACUGCUGAAAUCACUACCACUACUGCUAAAGUCAGUGAAAACACAUCUCCAGAAGAAACUAGUGAAGACGUCGAGAUGUCAAGUGGAACAACAUAUGCACCAAACACUUCACAUAAUAUGUCGUUAAAUAAUUCUUCUGAAGAAGUGACAACUUCUACAACACCUGAAACAAACUCACAGGAAUCGACUGCGGUAAUGAUGCAAACAAAUAACGAAUCAGAGUCUUUGAUGACAACAGUAUCCAAUUCGACAGUAAAUGUUGAAACAGAAUCAACGCCACUUAACGGAUCUGAAGAAAUAACGAUAUCCACAUCCGAGUCGCCAGAAGUGGGGUUCUCACCUGGGUUAACAACACCAGUGUCAUUCCAAUCAAUGGCAACAACUGAGUCAACGAUGCCUUCAGGAUCUUCACUAACAGAGACAUCUACGUCACCAACCACGAAGAUUCAGAGUUCAUUACCAAUGUCAACAAAUGAACCAUCCCCAUCAACAACAUCUAUGGAGCUUCAAUCAGUGGGGACAUCUGAGGCCAUAAAGUCAACGACAUCCCAAUCCAAUAUGUCAACAGAACCAACUACAACUCUGGUAUCAGAGUCAACAGAAAAUAUAACUAUGUUAUCACAGCCAACGACCACAUCUGUAUUAAUAACAGCAACAGAGUCUACGGUUACGGAAACCAUACAAUCUGAAACAGAAACUAGUCAACAUAAUUAAUGAAAGUGAUUUAUUGAUUGAAUUAUUUUACAUAAUUGAGUAACUAUUUAAACGAGUUCAGUUGUAAUACUAAGUUACAAAAUUUUCAGCAUUGUAUUACAGCUAUUUUUCUUAUAUUCAAAAAUAAAUGAUGUUCUAAUAAUAUUGUUUUCCUCAAACAAAACGUUAAGUUACAACAUCUUUUGUAAUUCAUUACAAGAAGAUCCUUAUAGUUUACAGAAACAGAAUUGAAUAUAAAUUCAGGUAUAAAAAUAUUUGUAAUCGUAGAAGUUAAAAAUCAUUGAGUUUUUUUGGUUUGUUGACGCCUUCUAUACUCAUAGUAGGUAAUAUUCGCUUUACGAACAAUUAUAUUGUUUCAUAUAAUCAGUCAGUUUGCUAAAAAUAAAUAGAUGAUCUUUAAUAUUUUGAUCCAUUUAUCAAAUAUCGAGUUAGUGAACUCAGUUAUGCCAUUUUUUCUUAGUACCCCAUAUAGCACAUUUUAAUCAAUAUUUAAAACAAAAAUUUGAUCCUGUAAAUGCAAAAAACUGAAAAUACAAAUUAAACUAUCAUAUUGAUAUGGGUUAAGUUUUUGACUUUAAACAUUGAUUAGCGUCAUUAUUCAGUAUAAGUAAUAUUAUGGAAUACUAUAUUCUGUUGGACUAAUCAUUGUUCUACCGUGAUCUUAGGUUGCUUAAAAUGUUUUUAAAGUGUUGAGAUCUUACUUAAUAACAAUUCUUUGCAGUCGAACCCUGAUUAUCGUCUUAUUAUAUUCAUGCAGCUAAAUAAAGCAUAAGAUAAUAAGAACUACCUUGUUUCUUAUUAAUUCAUGCUUUUAAAUCUUAUCCGACCUUGGUAAACUAAUGUUCAUAUCAGUUUCAAACUUGUGCACCAAAUGACUAUCUAACAUAUUUCGUAUUUUC